GCGCACGGCCAGGCCAUGCCCGGGGAGGCUGCCCACGCCGAGCUGCUGUUGCCCGAGGCGGGCGGGCCGGGGCCCCGCACAGAUUUGUCCUGCGAUGUAUCUGCAGCCACCACUCCAAGAGGGAAUCCACUGGAACACUGUGCUUUGAGCCCUGGGCCCAACACCCUCGCCCUCACGUUCCUGCCCAGCAAGCCGGGUGCCCGGCCCCCACCUGAAGGUGCCAGCUGGGAUGCAGGGCCAGGCAGCACCCCCUUGGCCUGGGUGGUCACUGCAGAGGGUGGCCCCAGCCCAGGAUCCCCCAAGAUUCAGCCCACAGAGGGUCCUCUCCCAACCACUCUGGAGCCCCGUAUUGUGAUGGGCGAGGAGACAUGCCAGGCACCCACACCACCCAAGACAGCCCUGCCAGAGCUCAGGGACCUGGAGGGUGGGCCUGCUAGCCUGAACCCACCCCCCGAGUUGUGUUCUCAGGGUGACCCUCCUGUGCCUUUCCCUGCCUCAGACCCAGAUUCCUACUUCACUCCUCCCUCAACCCCCACCGAGAUCGCCUCUGCCCUGCUGCCCAGUCACUGGCCCUGCACGUAUGCCUGGGACACACAGGUCGAGCCCAGGGACUCACCACCCACCUCGCCCGCCAGCUCCUAUGUCACAGCAGAUGGGGACAGUUGGGCCUCAUCUCCAUCCCCAUCCUGCUCCCUGGGCCUGCUGACCCCGGCUGACGGGCUGGACAUCCCAUCUGGCUGGGGCUUCUCCCCACCAGGGUCUGUGGCAGAUGAGCAGGAGCUGUCGCCUGCUGGGUCCCUGGAUCCCCCAUCCCCAGAGUCCAGCCUCUCAGCAGACAGCAACUCCUCCUGGAGCCAGGAGGGCCACUUCUUUGAUCUGGACUUCCUGGCCAAUGACCCAAUGAUCCCUGCUGCCCUCCUGCCCUUCCGGGGCAGCCUCAUCUUCCAGGUGGAUACUGUAGAGGUGACACCACUACCCCCACAGGAGGACGAGGAGGAUGAGAAGGAGAGCUCAGCCUCUGUCCCCAAAGGGGACUUGGCUGAGGAGGGUGAGGACGACAGCACUUUUGCCUCCUCGCUGCAGUCACUGUCAGACCUCUCCAUUACCGAAGGCAUGGACGAGGCCUUCGCCUUCCGGGAUGAUGCAUCUGCAGCCUCCUCUGAUCCUGACUCAGCCUCCUAUGCCGGGGCAGAUGAUGAGAGACUAUACAGCGGAGAGCCCCACGCCCAGCCCACCACCCUGCUCCAGGACGACCAUGAUGUGGUCUCAGCCUGGGACCUGGAGUCUGCUCCUGAGGUCUCUGAGGGAGAGACUGGCUGUACCUCCAAAAGCCAGGAACCCACUGCUGUACUAACUGGGGUGGGCCCCACUUCAGGCCUGGCAUCUGCUGCUGCUCACACCAUAAAGGCAGGCCCAGUUCUCUGCAGGGUGACCCCUCAGGCCUGUGGGGAUGAGGCGAGCUCCACCCUAGGACCAGUGCCUGUUGCCACAGCCAUGCCUCAGCUCCUGCCAGUGGGACACAGUGCUGCCGUGGGCCAGGAGCCUCAGACUGUACAGGAAGAGAUGGACCUCACACGGAGUCCAGACUCUCUGCAGAACUUGAAAGAAGAAGUUGAAGGGUCUGAUACUAUGGUCAGCUCUGAUCCCCAGCCAAAAGAAAUGGGCCUCACCAUAGCCCAGGAUCUUGUCUCUGGAGCUACACCCACCCCCCAGCAGGAUACAGGCCUCCCCCUAGGUCAGGCUCUGCAGAGAGACACGGGCUGCUCACCAGGGAAAGAGACUCUGGCCACCAAGGCCCAGUUGGAAGGAGGUGGGGCUUGGAGACAGAGGUCAGCACCUGAGGACAGGGAUGCAGGCUGCACUGGAGGCCAGAAGCCUCCAGCCAUGGACCAGGCCCAAAAGGAUGGCCCAGAGCCAGCUGCAGACUCUGGGAUACCCAAGAUCUCAUGGGAAAAUGGGGAUCCCUCAAAGUCUGCUAUGGAGAUCCUGGACUCCUCUGAGCCUGCCCCUGGAAGGCAGGAUGUAGCUGAGGUUCUGUCAGUGCCCAAGCAGGGAACCCAUCCAAAUACCCACAUGCCCACAGCUGCUAAAGCCCAGCCCCUGAAGGAGGCCCUGGUGGCUGAGAACCAGGAAAGGGAAGUCCUUGAGCCAGUGGCCCAAGGUUCUAGGAAGGUUCCCAGGAGCAGCAGCCCAGGUACCUGUCCUGCUGAGGUCUGCCAGGCACGGCCCCCAAGUGCAAUGGUGGAGAAUACGGCAACCCAAGGGUUUCCCACAGAUGUGACCUCAAGUAUCUGUCUGGGAUCCUCCUCAAAAUCUCCAUCAAGGGCUGUGCCCAGGCUGAGGAGUGGCUGCCCCAAAGAUAUGACCCCCAUGCCUCCACUGCCCUCCCAGCAACCAGAGCCUGUUCUGGGCCCAGGCAGUGGAGAGCGGGUCCAGGAGGCACUUGGAACCUUUGGGCAUUCCCCAGUGAAGACCCCAGAAAGUCCCACCCAGGGCACACCCAGUGAGCCCAAGGACAAGCUCCUGGGUCCUGAAUCCUCUGUUCCUGCUGUCCUCACAGGGGCAGCUCUGGCUGCUCCCAGUGAGUCCCCUGCCCCCUGCCUUUACCAGGGUCCCAAGGAAGACUCAGUAGAGGGUGAGGAGCCUCCAAGCUCUCCAGAUCUCCUAAAACCCCAGGGAGGAGCCCAAUGGGCCGUGGCUACUUUCUCGGGAACCACAAACUCACCCAGGGCUGAGAAGCGAGUCAGCCUCUCACCCCACUCCCACCUCAGCCUCAAGAUGGCCCCUACAGGGGGCACCCAUGCCAAAGACUCAGCCUCUCAAAUCUCGUCCCCCUGCCAAGUGCCUCCUGGCUCUGGGCCCCAGAGCCCACUCGGCCCUGGAGGACUCCCAGCCUCAGAGCAGCAGGAUGACCAGGACAGCCUGGAUGAAGAUUCGCCACAGGCCGCAGGCUCAGGCCAGUACUCGGACAGCCACGGGGAAUCAUCGCUUGAGCUGGAGGAGCACGACCUCUCAGGAUCUCAGACGGCACAGCGCCCAGCCCAGGCCCUGGCAGGCGGCAGCAGUGAGGAGACAUCCACCAAAGCCAAGCAGAGUCGCAGUGAGAAGAAGGCCCGGAAGGCGAUGUCCAAAUUGGGCUUGCGACAGAUCCAGGGGGUCACCAGGAUCACCAUCCAAAAGUCGAAGAACAUCCUUUUCGUCAUCACCAAGCCUGAUGUCUUCAAGAGCCCAGCCUCAGACACCUAUGUGGUCUUCGGAGAGGCCAAGAUAGAGGACCUGUCCCAGCAAGUGCACAGAGCUGCUGCUGAGAAGUUCAAGGUGCCUGUGGAGCCCACCACUCUGGUCCCAGAGUCUGCCCCUGAGCCUCAGGGGGGGCCCAAAUGCGAGGAGGAGGAAGAGGACAAGGUGGAUGAGGCCGGGCUGGAGCUACGUGACAUUGAGCUGGUGAUGGCACAGGCUAGCGUAUCGAGAGCCAAGGCCGUGCGGGCCCUGAGGGACAACCAGAGUGAUAUAGUCAACGCCAUCAUGGAGCUGACAAUGUAGCCACUGACCAGUACCUGCCUCCAUCCUGCCCCUCAGCUCUGCUGCUCAAUAAAUGGGUGUCACUCAUCACUUCUCUGCUCCUGCUGCAGCUGCUCCCCCAGUGCAG